AUGCAACCUGCGCUGGCUCCAGCGCCGCAUCCCAUCGUCUCCCGCGCCAAGUACAUCUAUGCUCAAUGGAAGACGCAAGAUGAUCGCGAUACUCCUGGAUGCCCACUUCGUCGUCGCUCCGACGCGUGGUCGGGUUCCGGGCAGAGUCCCGCCCCCUCCGCCGUGACCAUGAUGACCAGGUCCUUCACGACCAGCUCCUUGCUGUCCAGCAUAACCUGGGCCAACGUCCCCAGCCCCAACCUGGACAGCAACAGCAUCAUUUGCAGCCUAAUCCGGCUGGGUCGCGGGAUCAAACCAACAUCGAUCCGGCCAUCUCGGGGGGGCGCCAUGAUGGCCGCCCCGCAGACUCCCACUCAGCCGCACCAAGGAUCUCCAGAUGACACGCCCAAGGGAUUCGGCAAGCGUGAGCUAUCAACCUCCAAGCGUGCCGCCCAGAAUCGCGCCGCCCAGCGCGCAUUCCGCCAACGGAAGGAGACCUACAUCCGCAAGCUUGAGGAUGAGGUCAAGAACAUUGAAGCGAAGAACGAGCAGCUCAAGCAGCUCGCUAACGAGAACUACGCUCUGCGAGACUACGUCAUUACUCUGCAGUCACGCCUGAUGGACUUGCAAGCCGAUGUCCCCGAGCUUCCACCCAACAUCGAUCUCAACCAACCGCGCCCAGAUCUCUCCCUCGCCAGCAGUCUCGGUGGGCCCUCGGGCUCAAUGGUCGCUCCCACCGGCUCUCACCAAGGACAACACCCUGGUAACCCUAACGACGACAUGAACUCGCUGAACCGCAUCGCAUCGGCUGGGCUCAUGCGCAAGCCCCACGAGGAGACCAACUUCAUGAGCAACAACUUCCAGCCCCAAUCCCAGCAGAAGCAACGCAUGCGUGGAGAUGAGAACCAAGAUGAUGGCUCCGUGCAGAAGCAGGAAACUCAUGGCCUCCCGCUCGGACCAUGA